CCCCAUACCGACACAAUGGCCGCCACUAUUUCGCACGACCUUGCCUGGACAGUGACCAAGGGCCACAGCGCCACCCUCGUCAAGAGGGCCAACGGCGUCCAGUUCUCCCGCGACCCGCUGAACCUGAGGAACGUCUACAGCCGCAAGAACGAGGGCCAGAUCGCCAACAAGGCCAUCGGUGUCAUCUCCUCUGAGAACGGCGGCGUCACUCUCGUCGUCAAGAAGGCCGACAAGCACCACCAGCCCGCUACCUCCACCCAGACCACCACCUUCGGCGCCUCCAAGGGCUCGCGCAAGCUCUACUCCGCCAUCGUCAACAGCACCACCAAGCGCAACUACCGCCCCGACCUCCGCAAGGACGCCGUUGCCCGCGCCUCCGCCAUCCGCAAGGCCGGCAAGCCCGUCAAGGCUUCCCCCGCCCAGAAGCUGAGGGGCAAGAAGGCACAGAAGGCCGCCGAGGCCAGCGCAUAAACUAUUCAAUCAGAAUGAUGAAUAGUUGAGCGUUUGCGCGCACGAGGGAUAGAGGAGUUCGCUGCUUUUGGGGAAUGGAUCGCAUGGAAUGGGAUGCAUGAACGAAGUUUACGAGCUAGGUCAACACGGAUGUAGUGGAUGAUCGGCCGGGAAUGAAAUGCUUCGAAACCCACAUACUGUCCGGGCACUGCAAGUGAAAAAGCCCCAAGGCACGACUGAUAGCAGUGCAGGUCUCACUCACGUCCAAAGGACAAGAAGAGUUGUUUCGAGUAACUUUGGCGACACACCGAAAAGGAUAACCGAUAGUAUCUACUCUUCCUCAGCAUUUGAAAUCAACUGCAGCUUGGAGAGACCUCAAGCCCGUGUCGAGAUGCUUUCCAUCCUCACCGCUACGUCGAUCGCCUUCAUCCAAAUCACUCCAAAUCAGCCAGCAACGCCCCGAAGCCAUUGUUCUUGCAAGGGGCCCAACCUGUAAGGAAG